UUAUCAGUUAUUUAAUUUUAUUUUUGAUUCAUUAUUUUGUCAACGCACACUACAGACGAAAACAAACAUUUAUUUUUUACGCAUGGCAACAAAACUUGUUUUCGCGAGAAAACUUGUGAUAGCAUCGUGAAUCUUAUUUUGAUUACAAAAUUGGCAUGAAAUCCGAUAAUAAGCCGAAAAACAGUGUAUAUUUAGUGCAAAGUUAUAGUGUUUGAUGUGGCGUAUUAAAUAUCCGCCUUCCAAGUGGAGCUGUUAAAGAAAUUGCUUGCCAUGGCGGGCCCGUCCGACGGCGAUCCCGACGGAUGGGUCGAGUUCUGCGAGCGUCAGGCCAAAGCCGCCGCUCAGGACUUCGCCAAGGCUUGCUUGCAGUAUGUACAAACCGGUGCCGGCGACCCUGCAACACGGCCGCAAGCUCCGCACAAGGAGCUGCUGAAAAAAUUUGUAGAAUGUUUCUCGGAACAGUUUGAAUAUGAAAUUGGGAAGUUGAAAGCUUUGCAUAAGCUCCCUAACGGCACACAUACGGGACACGAUGAGAGUGACUAUUCGGAGGACACAGACUCGCCUAAAACGCAACAUAAACCUUUUUUCCGAAGGUUAUCUUUCAAAGGUCUGAGACGCGGAAAGGGGUUGUUCCACAAGCAACACUCGGACGAGGUGGAGCUCUCAUCACAUUUGAACAAACACAACAAGACUAAAUUAGCUAAAAUAGUUGUAGAAUGUAGGAAGGAAGGGCUGGUAAAUUAUUUAACUCCGGAGAGUCUGGAACAGCCCGGUGGCCCACAGAAGUGGGAGAGGUGCAGGCUAGCUUUGGUCAAGACGGUAGGGGGCUACAUGCUGGAGUUUUACUCUCCUCCUAAGGCACAGAAACCUCGCAGUGGGGUAUUUUGUUUCCUUAUUUCUGAGGCCCGUGAAACCACUGCGUUAGAGAUGCCUGAUCACGAAAAUACCUUUGUAUUGAAGGCGGACAAUAACAUGGAAUAUGUAAUUGAGGCAGCUGAUGUAGAUGAUAUGAAAUCAUGGUUGGCAACUAUCAAGUACUGUAUGAGAGCGCCUCCGACCACCCAGCCACCACCAGAUGCGCUACCAGGCAUGCCAGAGCCUGCGCCCCCAGACCUGCCACCAAGGAGAGACCUACCAACCAGCACUAGCAACAUUGACUUAGCUACUGAUACUCCUGAAGAGGCUGAAUUAGGUUCGAUAGCAGAGGAAGCUUGUGAGGCGUCGUCCCGGAUCUCCCUGGCUGAGUGGCCGUGGUUCCACGGCACGUUGGCCCGCGCGGCGGCCGCCGCCUGCGUGCUGGCCGGCGGCGCCAGCGGACACGGCUGCUACCUCGUGCGGCAAAGCGAGACCCGCCGCGGGGAAUAUGUGCUCACUUUCAACUUCCAGGGUCGCGCAAAACACCUCCGCAUGACUCUGAGCGAGACGGGUCAGUGUCGCGUGCAGCACCUGUGGUUCCCCAACGUGCACGACAUGCUGGAACACUUCCGCGCGCACCCCAUCCCGCUGGAGUCGGGCGGCGCGGCCGACGUCACGCUCACCGAGUACGUCGUCUGCCAGGACGGGAACCGACAACAAUUGGACGUGACCCACGGCAGCGACGUACGCAUGCGCCGGGCGGAACUGGAAGCUCUGCUGGUUGCUAGCGGGGCUCACCACGACAUCCGAGCCGUCGACAACCAGUACACCUUCGUGUAACCAUCGCCAUACUGUGGAGCGACCAGCGGACUGCUCCAAACUAUACACAGAGCGCUCUGCUGCAAGGAAAAUGGUACUGUACCUACAUUUGUUUAGAGUUGGUUAUUGUACGUGUCUAACACUAUUCCAUCGGGAAUCUUAGACUUGUUCUAAGCUGACCUGUUAAUUAUACCUAAGUAGAUGUUCUGUAUGGUGAGUGGUGGAUUGGAACUUCCUUAGUACUGUCUACCACAUACAGAAAUUCUUAGAGGCCAGCUUAGAAUAAAAUGUUAGUAUUCCCAUCAUACGUAGGUACGUUCGAUACAAAUCACACCAUUUUUGCAACCUUACGAUCUUUGAAUAAGAUUCAAAAUUGGUCAAUUCGAAUGUACUUACGUCAAUUUGCAGUUAAGUAGGUACAGAAGAGACUGAUGGACUUAGAUUGAAGAGUUGUUUAAUAAAGGAACAUUUUGGUUUGUGUGACGAGUGUUGUUGACAUUAACGAGCAGUUUACUUGUAGGUAGGUAGUCGUUGUUUACAUCGGGAUAUCCCUUAACAACAAACAUGUAUUUAAAAUCAAUUCGGUGUGUUAUGUCUAGAUUGGCUGUCGCAAACACACAAUAACGACUAAAUUAUGCUGUUGUGUCUAAAAAAUACGUUCAAACACACACUAAAAGUCAUUUAUUCAAUUUGUGUGUCGCCAGUAGUGUUGUGUGUUUUUCAUAGGCUUCGACAGUCCAUCUAGAUUGUUAUAAUAAUUACUACACAUGUAAACUAGGAAGGGAAAAUCCUAAAAUGUAUGUCUACUAUAUCGAACAUACUAUUUUCUACCUUAUUUGUAUGUAAUUAAGGUUUACGUAAGCACAAAGUGAAAUCGGGUAUUUAGAAUGAAUGAAAUGAAAUGCUGGAUGGGUUUCCUCCACAGUAUAGAUAAAAACAUUUAAUUAUUAUUACUGAAUGUACUGCUGUAGUCAUUUAGUUUGAAUAUAACAUAAAAAGCUAGUCGAUAAUUUCGACUGCAAAUGUAAUUUGUGUAACUUUGCAGCUUUUAGUAAAAUGUAGCUUAUUUUUUUAGGAGUAAGGUCGAGACUCCUUUUAUUCAGAUCGUACAGGCCCGGAUGUUAUACCUUCCAAAAGGGAUACAUAAAGUCGACUGACAAAGUAACAAUUAAUAAUGAGUGAAAGAGAUAGAAAACAUAAAUAAGGUUUUUUCUUUCCGUUAGCGGUAAAACUGUAAGGGCUCUACUAAUGCCGUGUCCUCAGGGAAGUGAUCAGCGGCGGCGACCUCUCGCGCCCGGCCUUAGUCGAGGCCAUGGUGCGGAGUGAGAGGAACUGGGACGCCGUCUCCUCCUUUUGUGAAGCAGUCAUGCUCGCAAAGAGAGAGGCGGCCCGCGUGAGGGAACAAUCCUCCUCCUCACGCCCCAGCAGUCGCAACUGGCGACACUACGGGCGUCGGGGAUCAAAGGACGAUCUCCGGCCACCGUAAGCACGGGCCUGCGGUCGGCGAGUAAGGGUAGCUCGCCGCCCCACCAGAACCAGGCCCGAGCGUACGGCGCGUAGCGUUCCGCGUGCGCCUCAAAGAGCCAUUAGACCACCACAGACGGGGCUCUAAGGGCUGAUGUUCAGCCGGGGUUGCGGGGUAAGCGCAAUGAGGUACCGCGACCUCGGCACAGAGCAGGAGAAGGAACAGGGGGGUUUUUAGUCAGUAAGAGUCUGACACUCCCUCCUGCCCGGCCCUGGGCGGGAGAAGUCAUUUGAUGACACAAAAAAAAGGGCUCUACUAAUGGAGAAUGUACCCACCAUUUUUAAAUUUAUUGUAGUAGGUAAGGUAUAAGAACCGAUCACCUAACACAAUCUGAAUAUUCCGCAAUUAUUUAUUUGUGCAAUAGGUUUACUCUAUUUAUUCUAGUACUUGUAGUGUUAAUUUAUUGGUAUUUGAUAAGGCUUAGCCAAAUCUAUGUUAUUAAAUGUACUUAAUGUUUUAGAUUGUAAGUAACGUUUUAUGUAUCUUACACUGCCAAAGUGCCCCGGUUACUAGACGAAUUAUUUUCAAUUUGUUAUCAAUCCUCCUUGCAAUGCUUUAAAUGUGUCAAAAUUAUAUACUUAAACAUGUUUGGAAUUUGUUUAACAACAUUUUCGAAAUAUUAUUAAACUCAUUCGACGAGUAUGUUAACUUUUUAAUUAUAUAAAUUCAAAAUGUCCAACUCUUUAGUUAAAUACAGGUAGGUCACGUCUUUACUUUUCUGUUUAUAUUGGUAUAAAUUAAAAUCAACAUAGCUGUUUGCUCGAAUUACGCGUAAUGACAAAUAAACUCACAUUCGUAUGCAUAGACUGUUGACUGACUCCGACAAUGAUUAUCUGAUUGUAUAAAUUAAUGGUAAAAUAGAAACAGACAAGUGUUUACCCAUCUCGAUAUAAGAUUAAGCAGAUUUAGUAAAACCUAUGAGGCUUUAAUACUAAACCAAGAAUGUAUACAGGGGGUAGUCUGAUUGUAAUAGUUAUACAUAAUGUAACUAGGCGGAAUAUUUGUUCUACCUUCACUUGUCAAGUGUAAUAUCUGUCAUUUAGUGUUUAUGUAGUUAGGUAGCUAGGUAUUUAAGGGAAACAUAUCGCUUUCCUUCAUCAAAAAUGAGUUUUUAUGCCACGAGAGGCACUUAAGUUGAAAAAUGUCAACAAGAAUAUUGGCUAAUGCUAAAUUAUGAGGACUUAGCACCUCACAAAUGAGUGCUACAUUAAUGGGUGGAUAAAAUCUCGCAACAUUCAUACAUUCAACAUACAUUUUGAAACGUUUAUCGUAUUCAUUAAUUGUCAUCAUAUUAAAGUUGGCUCUGAGAUUCGAGUAAUUAUCCACCCUAUACAUGUUACUGGUCAUAUUGAAAUAAAAACUAGGUACUAUGUAAGUAAUUAUAAUUUAUCAAUUAGGAUUUAAUGUGUAUCAAGAACUAUUGUAACAGAAAAAGAAACCAAUGCAAUCAAAGAAUUGCUAGAUGUAAACAUUUAUAUGAAUGUUAAUGUUAAUCUAUCUUUUAAUUUACAACUUAUUUUUUCGGAAGAUGUUUAAUUUUCUCAGUAUUAGGUUUGGUUUUCACCAGCCUCUGUAGCAACCAUGUAUGUUUUUGACAUCAGGCACACCUAAUUGUUGAGCUUUGGUGGCGCAUACCCUUAAAAUCUUGCAGACUCUACUCUUAGUAAUUUUAUUGCAUAGCUCCCUUUACAAAGGUUAGGUUGUAAAUUGAAAGACUAAUCAUAUAAGAUUGUAGCAAAGAUAAACAUAAUACAAAAAUACGUAUUAUGUAUUUAAAAAAUUGAAACUGAAGUGAACGAACGAUUUUGAUCAAUUAAAUUCAUGUGAAGGAUUGUUAAAUGAAUAACAUUGUAUGUAAAAUUAAUUGUUGUUGGAAUUGAUAACAAGAUAUAAAAAAUAAUAUUAAUACAUUAACAAAAAAAAAUAUAACAAAAAUAUAACAUAUUUGUUGGUUUUUGAAAACUGUUCACGCUAAAUGAAAUUUAUAACGGGAAUUAUGUAUGUUUGUAAAUGUAAGUAGGCUUAAUUUGUAUGUGAAAAGCCAAGCGAAGUCAAGUUAUGUACUCAUUAACCGUUCAGUCAGUGUAAACUUAACAAACAUUCCUGUAAGUUGUAUGUCAUUUUUGGAGAACGAAAUAUAGUCAUAUAUUUUGCAAAAAUAUACUUGUUUAUUGUCUCGUCUGACGAGUUGGUACGUGGCUACUAAUGAGGAUUAAUUGGUUUCGCAAAGAAGAAGAAGAAUUUUGUACAUAUUUCUUAUUGGUGGGCACAGAGUUUAAGGACACGAAGUGACAAUCUAAUAACAAAGAUCAGAAUCAGGUUAUUACUUACUUUUCAUGAUGUUUGACUUGAAAGUUUCAAUGAAAAUAGCCGAGUACAUUGCCUGUGACCAAUGUGGCUAAUGGCAGAAAUUAAUACACUACUUAUUACUAAUAUCAAAAUUGAAUCUCAAUAAUGAAAUUGAAUUGAAAUACUAAAUAAUUUGGGUCUGUCUAUCCUCUCACAGGUAAUCUGGCUCUGUCUAUCCUCAGAAAAAUAGUUUUCAUUUUAUAUAACUGCUUUAUUUUCGUAUAAAAAUAUUCUUAUAAAGUACAUCAAUCGUCGAGUAACGGUACUAUGUAAAACUCUGAAAACAUCUGCCGCUGGUCUUCCUUCUCCAGCUUUAACUGCAGCAGCAUGAGGCCAUUGGAGCUACACCUUAGCACUACCUGUAAUUAACA